AUGUUGGAAGCGUUAUUAUGGAGUUUUUUCAUUUCCCCACUGAAGAUUGUGUGGGAAUCUCUGAGAAUUCUAGAGAGCAACAAGCUAGUAUUUACUUCCAUCCUCUGUUUCACAACGCUCCCUCUCUCCUUCCUAACCUUCACCCUCGCAAUCUCCACCUUCCCCCUCCAAUCCCGCGUCCUCCACCUCGAGUCCGUCGCGCGCGUCGCCGGCACGCGCGUCGAGGCGCGCCACGUCUGGCACGAGUCCCGCGACGACGCCGUCUCGCUCCUGCGCACGCGCGCCCUCUUCGCCCUCCUCUGCUUCCCCCUCUCCCUCGCCGCCGCCGUCUCCGCCGUCCACGCCACCGCCUCCGCCGCCCAGGGCAAGCCCGCCGCCCUCCGUGGCAGCAACUGGAAGCGCCCCGCGGUCACUGUCGUCUUCGUCUACGUCGUCCUCAUGGCCUUCGCCCCGGUGCCACGUGCCCUCGCCGCCGCAGCUUUCACCUCGCCGCCGUGGAUUCGGAUCCUCGUUCGGGCAAUCGGAUCGGGCCUAGAGGUGUAUCUCAUGACGGUGCUGAGUCUUUCCCUCGUCGUUUCCGUAAUCGAAGAUCGGGUCGGGUGGGAAGCUAUUAGGGUCGGGUCGGGAUUGAUCCGAGGAAGAAGGGCAUGCGGGUGGAUUCUUUCGGGUUCGUUCGUUUUGGUUUCGGGUUUGAUGAAUAGGAAGGUGGAAGUGUUGUUGUUGGAGAAUGAGAAUUCGGAGAUUGGCGUUUUCGAUAAAAGCGUUUUGGUGUGUUCGUAUGCGUUGGUGGUGCUGGUUAGUUACGUGGUUACCACUGUGUUUUAUUGUGAUAGCCGAAGACGACACCACGACAAUGGAGGCGGGAUCAAGGAACCCCAACCUCAAGACGAUCAUGAAAUUGAAGACUCUGUUGUUGUUGAUUCGUCCCAACUGUAA